AGUAGCACUCUCGCGGAGCAACGUAACAAGCAGUGCGCGGCGAUUGUACGAAGGUCGCCGACCUGGAGCAGACGGUGCUGGGUGGACGGGAGCGGUUGGAGACUAGUACUCGCCUGAAGACCUAACCAGCUCGACAAUGACGCAAUAUGGUAGCGACUCGUAUUUGCAGUGCGCCAAGCUUCCCAUGAAAUCCGUUACUCUUCACCAGCCCCCCUUAGACGAACUUGCCGAUGUUCUCCAGGAUGCCUUGGCAAAAAAUUUCAAAGCUGCUUCAGUGAGGGUGUCUGAUUGCCCAGAUCUUUCUCAGCCACCUUUUAACCUUUCUUCCCCAGGUUUAGGAGGCCAAAGCACUUUAUUGGACAUAGGCAGUGCAACCUAUCUCACUCCUGUGGCUCAUCGAAACAAGAUCUAUGACCUUAAAGACAUAGCUCAUACAAUUGGCUUGGAGCCAACUUUCAUUAUAGGAGCAGGACUUGGGCCAUGGCCCCACGCAAAAGUGAACUGUGAAAUGAUUGCAGAUCUCACAAUUAAGGACAAUGGUAUAAGUAAUCAAACACGUAUUGCACAUAUUGUCAAUGAAAAGUGUCAGCUAGAUCAACUUCCUGCCUCUGAGACACGCUGCAUGAUACUUAUUAAUCUUUUUUGUAGUAAAGGACAAAAUACCAAGGUACUUGAAGUAAAAUGUAAAGGCAGGACAGGACAGGAUGAUAUUAUUUCUUGUAUGAGGCAAGCAAUACAAAACAAAUACAAGGACAAAUUAAUAGGUUUGGGUGGCACUUUCCUUCUCUCAGAAAGUAAAGCCAAACAGCACAUAAUGCCCGACUUUUCCGACAUUCCUCUGGAUACUCCUCAAGCAGUUCAGAACUGGAUAAAAUUCUAUCAACAACAUCCACCGCUUGUUGCAGUUGGAACGUUUGUUUCAACUGAUCCUGGACUAGAUUUAAAAGUGCAACAUUUUCAUGGCAUUAAUUCCAGUGGAGAAGGUGGCCACUUCUACACUGACACCCAACCUGAGCUGGCCACUUACAUAGGCUACUUUGCCAUUGGAGAAAUCUUACACAAAAUUGACCAACCAUGACAAUUUGAAUAACAAAAAAGAAAAUGGACAAUAUCCCCUUUUCAGAAGAAUAAAUAAUUUUAAAUUGCUC